UUGCCCGGCGAAACACUCGGCAACGGGUUUUUACCAAAGAAGCAACCAGCCGCCAGGUUUAUCGCCGUCAGCGCGCCGGUGACACACGAUCGGUGUAGAGUAAAUCGGGUUUAAGAGCCGCGACGGAUAUCGGUGGGACUUUUCGGUGGGACGAGUGAACCGGAAACGAGUGCGACGAGCUCGCGAAAAAGGGACUGGCGCUCGGAGGACUUCGAUGAGCAAGGGUACAUCGGUGACCAGAGUGUUCUCUCCAGCGUCUCGAGACGCGUGAUCGAGCAGCAUUCCGACAGGGUGUAGAGUUCGUUGGUGGCAUUGCGAUCACAUUGGGUGAGUGAAUAGUGUCCGGAUCAGCUGUCAAUGAUAAGAUUACGUUCCACGAUGCGACUGAACCGCCCGUUUGUCUUCGUGGGAUGUUACUUCCUGGCACUUUCUUUAGUUUGCGCGUCCCCGACUCCGGAGGAACCGGUCUUCGUACUUCCGGUACAGCUGGUCGGCUUCCCAUUGAUCAUCGCUUCUGUGAGGCUCUCCAAUUUCGUAAAGAAAUUAGCGUACUCGCUCAAUCCUGAGACUUAUGCAAGUCGAACGAAGCGAGACCUGCCUUUGAUCCAUGACGAGGAAAUCCUAGACGUUGGCCAGGUCGAGAAGAAAUUGGUUGCCGAGCUCGGCAGCAACGUUUGCGUUUACGAAAGAAUUUGUGCCAAAUACGCGACACGUACGCUGCGGGAACGUAGCAGGGAACGUGAUCUCGAUUGGAACAUUGUGUUCAGCGAGUACAGAUCGUCGCCGAAUCCGAUGAAGGAGAAUUAUUUGUUGAGCGUGUUCCUGGGCGACAUUAUCGGCAGUCCGGGACUGUGUCAUCAGCUGGCGAAGAGAGGAAGAGGCUGCGACGACGACGCGACGUUCUCGGAUUAACUGUAAAAACGCUAUUUAUGUUGUACAAAACCGUGCGACCAGCCCUGUACAGAUUGUAAAUAUCCCGAUGACGCGUAUUUGCGUCGCUUCGCGCGGAUUCCCCUCGCCGCCCGGCCUCCUCUGUUCCCUUCCCGCGAUUUAACCCUUUGCACUCGAAGGCAAAUCAACAAGGAAAAUUUCAAAUAGAAUAAAUAAUAAAUUUCCAUUUUAUGUAAUAUACAGAGUGUCCCAAAAAUGUCUCGCAAUCCGAAAGU